AUGCGCUUCUCCGCCAUCCUCGCUCUCGCCGCCUCCAUCGGCUUCGCCGUGGCCACCCCCUCUCCCGCUACGCCCGCCCCCGCUGCUCACGGCGGGAACGACGAGGCCGUGCUCCACACCGAGUCCGGGUGCGGCUCGUCGGGCCCCCUGGGCACCGGCCACUUCGUGUGGUUCAUCGACGUGUCCUGCAGCCCUGGAGCUACGCUGACGUGCCAGGCGACCGACUCGACCGGAUGCCUGCCCGGCAACCCGGACCACAUUGGCUCCAUGGAAGUCGACGACCCGAACGACACCGUCCAGUUCGCGAAGAAGUCGAACACGAACUCGGUGACGUUCGUGUGCCCCUCGGCCGGCCAGGUCCGCUGCCAGGCCAACUUCAAUGACAGCGACGACGGCCCUGGCUACAGCCUCCGUGCCGCUCACAGCUCAUCCGCCAUGCCCCUUGUGCUCGAACUGUUAUGCAACGUUCCAUGGGAUCUCUACCCUGGAAGAUGCGAAGGAUUUGAAGAAUAUCUCACCCUCAAGGAGCAAAUCUGCUACGACUACCGUCACCCUCCCGACUUUAGACGUCUGUACGUCGAAGGCCAGCGCUCGGUCAGGGAGAUCCAUCCGGCCAAUCUGAGAUAUGGACUACGUGUCGACGACGGCCCACUCAUGCUUGAGUACUGCCUAAGAUCUCUAGCCGUAUGCUACCCCCUCGUUGCAAAGAACGUGAACCCUUUGCCCACCUCUCAAAGACUCGCCGGGGUCGACCAGCCUCCUCCAGAGACCGAGGAAGAAAUCGCCAAUUUCCGACUUCCAGAAAUCAGGAGCAUUACCCCCCGACUCCGGCUGCAAGGGCUCGCUUGCUACGCCCACAUCAACUUCUUCUCGUGCUGGGCUGAAGAACAGAGAACGCUCAGCUACGUAAACCUCACCGCAAAGAGCAGUGCAAUGUUCAACGCGUGCUCCGCUGCCAACAUCUGCGUUGGCCUGGGCUUCAUACCUCCCGUCGCUCUCCGCAUCGCGUCGUGGCUAGCAACGACGAAGGCGCGCUACGGCGUCGACGUGCGCCAGACCGACAAGUUCAAGGAGCUGACCCACCUCUGGGCAACGCACGCGAGCUAUCUCUCGCGUCUCCAGCUCAAGGAGACCGCGCGGCUAAAGCGGGUCGCCAAGGCACCCCAUCUCUACCGGUGCGCCAAUGACGGCUGCGAGAUUCAAGCGACUAACAAGAGCGCGCUGCGGCGGUGCGGUGGUCCCUGCCCGCCAGAGCAGAAGCCCCGCUACUGCUGCGAACUCUGUCAACGUCAGCACUGGAUUAUCCAUCGUGAAUUCUGCAAGACCGACACCACGAACUCUGCGACCUACACCGACAUCAUCGACGACGACGGCGACCCUGACUGGCUCGACAUCGACGACUUCCACGAGGCUCCACUACCGCCUUGGGAGCAUGACUGGCCCCUCUUUGCCGACCGCGAAGGGCCGGAGAUCUUCAUCGACAUUCCCAAUGACAGCCCGUUUCGGAAGGGCGAGAUCAUACGCCUCAAAACGCGCACGCUGAGCCCCGACUGCCUGAGCGCAUACCGCAGUUUGUGGUUGCCCGUCAAGGACUCUGCGACCUCGAAGCAGAGGGCGUAUGUCGAGAAUUUGAUGAUUAGCCCCCCGGUGAACAUGGGAUUCCCCAAGCCAGAGCCGAAGGACCCAGCAGCGCUGUCCACGCUUGACCCUUGGUAG